AGUGAUUAUAAGCAUUUCAAUUUGAACACAUACCUUACUUAAAAAACCAAAGAAACCAAGAGUUUUUUAUACUUGCCCAAAGAAAAGGAAAAAUCAUUAAGGGCAACCUCUCCCGAUCAACUCAUUGGCUAUUUCUUUCCGCGUCUCAGAGUUCCAUUUGAAGCUCUGAGACUCAAUUGUUCGCCAUGGUCGGAAAAUUUCACCAGAACAGGAACAGAUCCUUAAUAAAGUGACAGCGCUAGUUUCGCCCCCUUUUCUGUGUAUAUUUGAGCUCUGCUGUUUAAAUUAAAUUAGGUUUAGGGUUUUCUUCCCCAUUCGGGACGCCCUAAAUUCUGCUGUAUUCUGUUCUUAUGGUUAUAUUAUAUUUAUAAUACAAUUGAAUUUAGGGUUUGCUGUUUUCUUUUUUUGUGUAUGCUUUAAGAGAGUUUCGGGGUUGCUUGUGUUAUGGUCCAAAAUUAUGGUAGCAGUCUUCUCCCAAGUACUGUACAGUCAACAAUUAUUUUUUCAUUCUUAGUUUUUUGUCCCCUUUCUUAUUUUGUUUCUCCUUUUCUUUUAACAUGUGUGUGGAAGAUAUCAUGAAUAAAUUUUGUGCCUGAUAUACACAUAUUCAAAAGCUAAGAGAAAGAGAGAAAAGUAGAAAAUUAAAAGAAAAAGAAAAAGGGAAAAACAGAAGAGUAACAAAACUUGUGAAAAGAGUUGCGUAUGGGGAGUCCAGGAUUAAGCACUGGAAAUAAUGGUGGACAGCAACAGCGAUUAGGCAUUACAGAACCCAUUUCCUUGGGUGGUCCAACAGAGUACGAUGAGAUAAAGACCCGAGAACUUGAAAAGUUUUUGCAGGAUGUGGGACUGUAUGAGAGUAGGGAGGAAGCUGUGAGUAGAGAGGAAGUGCUUGGGAGGCUGGACCAGAUUGUGAAGAAUUGGGUCAAAGCGAUUAGCCGCUCAAAAUGUUUGAAUGAGCAACUAGUACAAGAAGCAAAUGCUAAGAUUUUCACCUUUGGUUCUUAUCGGCUAGGGGUGCAUGGCCCUGGAGCAGAUAUAGACACGCUCUGUGUGGGACCUAGACAUGCAACACGAGAAGAUGAUUUUUUCGGCGAGCUAUAUAGAAUGCUUUUGGAGAUGCCUGAAGUGACAGAGUUGCAUCCCGUUCCUGAUGCUCAUGUUCCAGUAAUGAAAUUCAAGUUUAAAGGUGUUUCUAUAGAUCUUCUUUAUGCAAAGUUGUCCCUUUGGGUAAUUCCUGAAGAUCUAGAUAUUUCACAGGACUCAAUACUGCAAAAUGCUGAUGAACAAACCGUCCGCAGUCUUAAUGGUUGCAGAGUUACUGAUCAGAUUUUACGUUUGGUGCCAAAUAUUAAGAAUUUCCGAACAACAUUGCGAUGCAUGAGGUUUUGGGCAAAACGACGUGGUGUUUAUUCAAAUGUUGCAGGAUUUCUUGGUGGCAUAAAUUGGGCAUUACUAGUUGCUCGUAUAUGCCAGCUAUUCCCCAAUGCGUUGCCAAAUAUGUUAGUAUCUCGGUUCUUCAGGGUAUAUACUCAGUGGCGUUGGCCAAAUCCUGUCAUGCUCUGUGCCAUUGAAGAAAAAUCUCUUGGUCUUCAGGUCUGGGACCCUAGAAGAAAUCCAAAAGAUAGGUUCCAUUUGAUGCCCAUUAUUACUCCUGCGUAUCCUUGCAUGAAUUCUAGCUACAAUGUUUCAUCAAGCACUUUGCGCAUAAUGACAGAAGAGUUUCAAAGGGGGAAUGAGAUUUGUGAGGCUAUGGAGGCAAACAAGGCUGAUUGGGAUACACUUUUUGAGCCUUUUUCUUUCUUUGAAGCAUACAAGAAUUAUCUACAAAUAGAUAUUAAUGCAGAAAAUGAAGAUGAUUUAAGAAACUGGAAAGGGUGGGUUGAAUCCCGUCUCCGUCAGCUUACGUUGAAGAUCGAGAGGCACACUUUCAAUAUGCUUCAGUGCCAUCCUCAUCCAGGUGAAUUUACAGACAAAUCUAGACCUCUACAUUGUUCUUUCUUUAUGGGAUUGCAACGUAAACAAGGGGUCCCUGCAAGUGAAGGUGAACAGUUUGAUAUAAGGUUAACUGUUGAGGAAUUUAAACACUCUGUUAAUAUGUAUACCUUGUGGAAGCCUGGAAUGGAGAUUCAUGUAACCCAUGUAAAACGGAGGAACAUACCUAGCUUUGUUUUUCCUGGUGGUAUUCGUCCUCCUCGUCCAUCAAAAGCAACUUGGGAUAGCAGGCGAAGUUCAGCUGAAAAAUCAUCUGAAUGUAAAGGAGUUUCAGAUGGGUUGGAUGAUGGAAGGAAGAGAAAGCGAAUGGAUGCUAAUGGAGCAAAUACCCUGAAAGGUGCCAAUUCCUUUGCUGCUUCUUCUUUGAAUGGGGAAGAUAAUAAGGGAAGUCCUUCUGUUGGCAAUGUUUCUGUAGGAGGUGUCCUUGCUAGUACAAAUGUGAUAGGGGAGCCAAGGGAAGGAAAAACAGUGUGCAAUAUAACAGACAGCAUAAACAAUUCAAGAAGCUUAGGUGGGAAUCUUGCUCAAAAUGGGGAGCUUAGUUCACAAAAUAAAGAUUUGUCUGCCUCCAAUGAUGCCCCUUUCUCUAAGGAGGCUGAGAAGCUGGCAAUUGAAAAAAUAAUGUCUGGUCCUUAUGUUACUAACCAUACUUUACCACAAGAGCUUGAUGAUCUUGAAGAUGAUUUUGAAUGUAGAAAUCAGGUCAAAGAUUUGGGGGCAAAUGCAAAAGACAGUACAGUGGAAUCUACAUUGGCAACUAUGACAGCAACAUCAUUUGCUAAUGCACCUGAAUCACCACCACUAACAUCCAGCAGUGGAGCUGGUCCAUCUACUUUAUGUCCUAGUGGAGGCUUGGAGGAGCUUGAGCCUGCUGAACUUGUGGCACCAUUGUCCAAUGGGUUCCGUUCUGCUGCUUCAGUGGCACAGCCGAAGCCGCUUAUCAGGUUGAACUUCACUUCUUUAGGUAAAGCCAGUGGCAGAAGCACAUAAAGGGAGGUCUAGUAUCACCUAGAGCAACUAGUCUCAGGGUUUUUUUUUUUCAAUUAUUAUUAUUGUUAUGUAUUGGGACAGAAUUAAAAGGAAAAAACCCCUAUUUGUAAUUGCAUCCUAAUAGUUAAUAAAUCUUGAAUUUGGAAA